ACAGCUUCAUGAUUCUUGGAAGCCAGCCACAGUUAGUUGUUCUCUCUACUUGUAUUUUCUUUCCUUCUUCUCCACAAAUUCAUCAUAUAAACAAAAAAUCAUUAAACAACGACAUAGUUAGUUCAAUGGAUUGGGUACGAGGAGAAGCUGUUGGAAGAGGUAGUUUUGCAACUGUUAAUUUAGUUAUACCCAAAGGAAAUUCAUAUUCAACUCCGACAGCCGUCAAAACAUCCGAGGUUUCAACCUCGUCUUCACUCAAAAACGAGAAACAUGUUCUUCAUCAACUUGGUUCUUGUCAAAGAAUUAUUCCUUGUUUUGGAGAUGAUUACACUUUUGAGAAUGGCAAAGAGUAUUACAAUUUAUUCCUCGAAUACGCUUCUGCGGGUGCUCUCUCCGAUCAGGUGAAACUCAAUGGUGGCCGGAUACCGGAGCAACACAUUCGUCGUUACACGAGGUCAAUCGUUGAGGGACUUGAUCACAUUCAUCGCAAUGGAUUUGUUCAUUGUGAUAUAAAGCUUCAAAAUAUUUUGGUGUUCAAUGAUGGUGAAAUCAAAAUUGCUGAUUUUGGUCUUGCCAAGAAAACAGGGGGAAAACAGAGUUUGAAAUGCAGGGGAACUCCACUUUUUAUGUCGCCGGAAUCAGUAAACCACGGUGAGCAUGAAUCUCCGGCGGAUAUAUGGGCACUUGGGUGUGCGGUGGUGGAGAUGGUAACUGGAAAACCAGCAUGGAAUUUGGAGAAAGAUUCAAAUAUGUGGUCAUUGUUGCUUCGGAUUGGUACCGGAGAAGAAUCGCCGGUGAUACCCGAAGAAUUGUCAAAAGAAGGAAAAGAUUUUGUUGAGAAGUGUUUUGUGAAAGAUCCAAGAAAAAGAUGGACGGCUGAGAUGCUUUUGAAUCAUCCUUUUGUUGAAGAAGUGAAGAAUGUUAAUGAAUCAUCACCAAGAAAUCACUUUGAUUUCAAUGAUUGGGUUUCUAGUGCGACUGAUUCGGUUCCGAAUUCACCGGAAUCGGAAGAAUCAAGUCCAUGGGAUUUUGAUUCCAAAUUUUGCUCCGCGGCGGACCGGCUCUGGCAGCUUGUGACUGAUGAACGGCUGGUGAGUUCGUCGGAAUUAGAUAGUUGGAUUAGUGUUAGAUGAACUUCGAAUUUUUUUUGGCAGAGGUGAAACAGAGUAAAUUAGAGGUAGAAGAUGGAUCAUUGUGAUUUUUUGGUAACAAUGAUCGUUGUAAUUAAUUAGGUCUUGGUUUGAUUUUGAUUAUUCAAAUUUGUUUAUUCUAUAGAAUGUACAUAGAUUCUUGAUUUGAGAUUUUAUUACUUGGUGGUGGAAGAGUUUUACUUGCGAGUUGCCACGAUUGUGGUCCUUUGUACGUAGGCUGAUUUUACAAUACAAUACUAUAUUUUUAUCUUUA